AGUAAUAUAAUAAAAAUACAAAUUAAUAAAAUAUAUAAUUAUGAUAUAAAAUAAAAUCUCUAAAUUAUUAUCUUUUGCUUAAAAGAUCAAACUUAAUGUUAUCAUGUAAAAAAAGACUGAAAAAAUUAAUAGUGAAAGUCGAUUGAGGUUAUUCUUAAGGUAUUGCUGUUUAGAAAACGAGAGGCGAAAAACAUUUAUUAAAAGAAAAAUGAAUAGAAAGACCAAUGCGUGGUGUGCAGUGCCAGAAUGCAUGAGUAUUCGUGAUAAUGUAAAACGUCACUUUUUUAUAUUUCCAAAGGAACGUGACAGAUGGUUACAAUGGAUACACGCAUGUAAAAGGCUAGAUUUAGAAUUGAAAGGACCAGAUUAUGCUCAUCGUAAUAUUCGAAUGUGCCAUUUACACUUUGAGAAAAAGUGGUAUACGAAAAAAAACAGAGUCCGUCUCCAUCCAGAUGCAAUCCCAACGAUAUUUUUUGGUGCGGCUUUUGCCAAAAAUACUGAAGAAGAUAUACAUAAAAUAAAAAUCGACAAUAAUCUAAAGACUGAACAAGAGGAAACAGAUCGUAAUGUACAAUUUUCAAAAGCAUCAGUUGAUAUGGAGAUUGAUGCUAAAUCGAGUACUUUCAGCGGCACGCAAUUACCAACAGAAAAUUUGGAAAAUAGUCAACAAAGGAAAUUACAGAUUGAAAUUUUGAAAUUAAAAGCGCAGAAUAAAAUACUACUUGACAUUGUCAGGCGGCUUCAUGAAAAAUAUAAGAAACAAAGUACAAUUUCAGAUGACGAAGCUAACGAUUUUGAAAAGCUUUGUAAUUUAGGACUUAACGUUGGUCGCGCCAAGAUAUAUAUGGUACAAACAGGUCGAAGAGAUGGAGAAAAAAUUACAUUUAGUAUUGUAUAAAUGUAUAUUUAAUAUAUUAUGCAUACAUA